ACUUUUCUGAAGAAUCAGAUACUGAAAAGGAAAAAGGGAAACAAUUUUCUGAAAAUUAGGUUUUUCUUUAACCGAAAUGUCGACAGGAAGGCCCGAGGAUAAUGAUUUACAGUUAAUGGUGCAGCCGGAGAAGCCGAAACCGGCGCUUCCGCCACGUCCACUAGUGGCAGCGAUGGGAACAGGAACAGGAUCGACAGCGCUGGUGGAGUACACGGCGCCAAUGUUGAAGGAAGAGGAAGAGGAUCUAGAGGUCAAGCUCCGACGAAUCAUUGAAAACGUACCUGUUCGUGUGAGUAACACCUCCGGUAGUUCUGCAGGUUCCGGCUCCGGUGACUUUCAUCAGUAUCGGCAAAUGAGACGGAAAGAGCAAGAUAGGCUUGCAAGGAUGGAGGUUGACUACCAGAAAAGAAAAGAAUUGGCUGAAUUCAAUAUGAGAAGGGAGGAGAAAUUAAAAGCUGCAGAGGAACGGACGGCAAAAAAGCGUUUGAAACGUCAAAGGAAAAAGCAGAGGAAAAAAGAGAAGAAGAUGAAAGUGAAUGCAGGCGGUGAAGAGCAGCAGAAACAUGAAUCUUCAGAUGAUGAAGGGGACUCGGACGAUGGUGAAGAAGCAGUGAAGUGAGCAAGUUAUGUCUGGAAUUCUUUAUUCAAGCUCGAUCUCAGCCAGGCACAUAAUAGGGAACUAGGAAACCAACUGAAAUUGACUUAAGAGCUGCUGUAUCCUAGUUUUAUGCAUUUAUGCAGAUGAGAUCCUCGGAGUGGCAUGUAAUUGCCAGAGGAACAUGAUGAAAAACAGAAAGGAAACCAUAGAUUUUUUAUGUAAAAAAGAAUUGCUAGAUUCUUCAGUCAAAAGGAUGAAACUCCCUUAUCAACCCUAACAUAUCAUGUCAACUAAGCUGAUUUCAUCAUGAAAUGAGCGAUUUCCACUUUGAUAUUUGAUUUGCUAUGAACCUGUAA